UUCCCACAAAAGAAGUUGUUGUGGCCCUGUCUGACACAAUAUUGGGAAUUGCCUUCCUUUUUUUCAUUGAAGGUGCGAGAGCAAAGUGUGAAGAAUCCCAGUUCCCAUGUAGUAACGGACGCUGUAUUCCGUCACUCUGGAAAUGUGAUGGUGAUGAGGACUGUUCAGAUGGCAGUGAUGAGACUGCUUGUGUGAAGAAGACAUGUGCUGAAUCUGACUUCGUGUGCACCAGUGGUCAGUGUGUGCCUAACAGAUGGCAGUGUGAUGGAGAUCCGGACUGCGAGGAUGGGUCUGACGAGAGUGCUGAACUGUGCCAUUUGAGAACAUGCCGAGUAAAUGAAAUCAACUGUGGUCCUCAGUCAACCCAGUGUAUCCCAGUGUCCUGGAAAUGUGAUGGUGAAAAAGACUGUGACAGUGGAGAAGAUGAAGAGAAUUGUGGCAAUGUGACUUGUAGUCCGGCAGAGUUCACAUGCAGCAGUGGGCAGUGUAUUUCCAAAAGCUUCGUCUGCAAUGGCCAAGAUGACUGCAGUGAUGGCAGUGAUGAGCUGGAGUGUACACCUCCUACCUGUGGAGUUCAUGAGUUCCAGUGCAAGAGCUCCACUUGCAUCCCUAUCAGCUGGGUCUGUGAUGAUGAUGCUGACUGCUCUGACCACUCAGAUGAAUCUCUGGAGCAAUGUGGCCGCCAGCCUGCCCCUCCCGUGAAGUGCUCUGCCAGUGAGGUGCAAUGUGGCUCAGGUGAAUGUAUCCACAAAAAGUGGCGUUGUGAUGGAGAUCCUGACUGCAAGGAUGGAAGCGAUGAAAUCAACUGCCCUUCUCGGACCUGUAGACCAGACCAAUUCAGAUGUGAAGAUGGGAACUGCAUCCAUGGGAGUAGGCAGUGCAAUGGUGUAAGGGACUGUCUGGAUGGUACUGAUGAAGCAAAUUGUAACAAUGUUAUUCAGUGCUCUGGACCUGGCAAAUUCAAAUGCCGAAGUGGAGAAUGCAUAGAUGUCAAUAAAGUGUGUAACCAGCAGAGAGACUGCAAGGACUGGAGUGAUGAGCCCCUCAAGGAGUGUAACAUAAAUGAAUGUCUGGUCAACAAUGGUGGAUGCUCUCAUAUCUGCAGAGAUCUUGUUAUUGGCUAUGAAUGUGACUGUCCAGCUGGCUUUGAGCUUACAGACCGGAGAACCUGUGGAGAUAUUGAUGAGUGUCAGAACCCUGGUAUUUGUAGUCAAAUCUGUAUCAACCUGAAAGGGGGCUACAAAUGUGAAUGUAGCCGUGGCUAUCAGAUGGAUCUUGCUACUGGAGUGUGCAAGGCAGUGGGGAAAGAACCAUGUCUAAUUUUCACGAACCGCCGGGAUAUCAGGAAGAUCGGACUUGAGAGGAAAGAAUAUAUUCAGCUAGUAGAGCAACUAAGAAACACUGUAGCUCUAGAUGCUGAUAUUGCUGAGCAAAAGCUUUACUGGGCUGACUUCAGCCAAAAAGCAAUAUUCAGUGCCUCUAUUGAUACCCGUGAUAAAGUUGGAACACAUGUGAGAAUCCUGGACAACAUACAGAGCCCUUCUGGAAUUGCUGUUGACUGGAUUUAUAAGAACAUCUACUGGUCUGACUCAACUGCAAAGACCAUUUCAGUGGCUAGCCUAGAUGGCACAAAAAGAAAGGUUUUGUUUUUCUCUGAGCUGAAAGAGCCAGCUUCUAUUGCUGUAGAUCCUCUCUCUGGCUUUAUGUACUGGUCAGACUGGGGUGAGCCAGCAAAAAUUGAAAAAGAAUUUGACAGACAGCAGCUUGUGACAACAGAAAUCCAGUGGCCUAAUGGAAUUGCUCUAGAUCUUGUGAAAAGCCGUCUGUACUGGCUUGAUUCUAAACUGCAUAUGCUGUCAAGUGUGGACCUGAAUGGCCAGGACCGUAGAAUUGUGCUGAAAUCUCAUAUGUUUCUUCCUCAUCCUCUUGCUCUAACAAUAUUUGAGGACCGUGUGUACUGGAUUGACGGAGAGAAUGAGGCAGUCUAUGGUGCCAACAAAUUUACUGGAUCUGAAUUGGUUACCCUAGUGAACAACCUCAAUGAUGCACAGGACAUCAUUGUUUAUCAUGAGCUUGUUCAGCCUUCAGGUAGGAACUGGUGUGAAGAGAACAUGGCAAAUGGAGGCUGCAGCUACCUGUGCCUGCCUGCUCCUCAGAUAAAUGAACAUUCUCCAAAGUAUACCUGUGCAUGUCCAGUUGGAUACUUCUUGCAGGAGGAUGGUCUGAGGUGUGCAGGGUUCAACGUCAGUGGUACAACAUCUGAAGUAGCUGCAGCUGGAGGAACAUCAGCAGCUUGGACUGUUCUUCCUCUCUUAUUGCUGGUGAUGGCUGCAGUAGCUGGCUACUUCAUGUGGCGUAACUGGCAGCAGAAGAACAUGAAAAGCAUGAAUUUUGAUAAUCCUGUCUACCUGAAAACUACAGAAGAGGACCUCACAAUUGAUAUUGGAAGGCACAGCUGUUCAGUAGGACACACCUAUCCUGCAAUAUCUGUUGUGAGCACAGAUGAUGAUAUGGUGUGAAGGCUGGAUCAGCAAUCACUUCCAGUUUACUUGUGUUUUACACUCUUUGGGGAUAGUAACCAGGUUUGUGGCUGAAAGACUUCCUCCAUUCUUGGAAGAAAGAAGAUACUUUCGUAUGUAUGGAACACUUAUGUAAAUAGCUAUUUUAUAUAGCUUAACAACAAGCUCUGUAAAUACCUGUCCACAACAAUUCAGUGUUUGGUGGUUACCAUUUUAUCAGUAACCCUUGGAUUGGUCAGUCAGUAACAUCACUGACCAAAUAUAAAGCACUUUCCAUAGAAAGCCAUAUUCCAGCCACAACUUGUAACACCUGUACAUAUGUGUAUAGGUCACUUGUAAAUAUUAUUCUUGGAAAAAUCACUGUCAAGCACUUUGAAAUAUUUCAAAUGUAAAUUUAUUGUACACUGUCUUUUUCAAUGGUUGGGGCAACGGCAAUAGGAAAAAACGGGUUACUACGAUUGCCAAAAAUUUGUAAGCCUAAGUAAUUUUCUAUGUAUGAUUGAAACAAUUUUGUCUGUUACCUUAUAGAGGUAUACAGGUAUGAAUGCUCUUUAAGAAACCACUGUAAAUCUUAAAUGCAGAAGAGCGGCAAAAAAAUAAAAAAAAACAAACUAAGCAGUUAAA